GAGUGCAUGCCGCUGUGCUCCUACGACGUGAAGAUGAGCGUGGUGCGGGGACUGGGCCCGAGCUGCAAGGAGCACUUCCACACGCUGCUCAGGUGUGGGAGCGGGGGGAGAGACCAUGCGGAGUGCUGUCACAGGACGGGGGUGCAUCCCAAUUGUGCGCCGCUGUGUCAGGGGAUCAUCACGCCGCAGGUUCGGGACAAUCCGAGCUUCUGCCUCGGGUUCAUCGGGAACAUCAUCCAGUGCUUCCAGGAAGGGACAGGGCUGCUUCCAAGCCCCCCCCUGGAAUUCCAUCUGCUGGGGGUGACCAACAACAGCGUGACCCUCAUGUGGGACCGACCCGUGGAAGGCAACGUCUCCGGAUAUCAGGUCCGGUUCCAGAAGGUGUCGGCGGCUUUCGGUGGGGCGCCCGAUCUCACGAUGAGCCAGAAGAUGAACGUGAGCGAGGAGAAGGUGGUGCUGGGGAACCUGACCAACGCGGAGGAGUACGACUUCGUGGUGGUGGCCUGGAACGAGCACGGCUUCUCCCUCCCUUCGUCCUCUAUCACCGUGAAUGUCUCCGAGACGAGCUACCAAGGGGUGGCAGUAGCAGGAGUGCCACCUCCACCACAUUCUCUCACUGUGGCAGACAAGAGUUCCACCUAUCUCCUCAUCUCCUGGCUCCCUCCUGAAAUCUCCCUCAUCUCUGAACUCCUGGAAUACAAGUUGUUUCACCGGACACUGAACGGGACAGAGUUUGCGGAGACAAGGACACAAAAGACGUGGACGAAGCUGGAUGGAUUGGAACCAAAUACUCAGUAUGUCAUCUAUGCCAGGACAUUGGGUGAAAAGGGCUCUAGUCACCCCUCUGAGACCCUCAUUGCUUGGACUGAUCCCUUCUACCCUGCCUUUGUUGAGCCACCAACAAUCCACCCAACGAGUCUGGUGCUGGAGGGCUCCAAUAUCACUGUGGUUUGCAUUGCAAUGGGAGAGCCCACACCGGCAGUAUCAAUGUAUGUUGCGGGUCGCCUGGUGAAGAACGAGACGACCCGGCACCUAGUUGCUGUUGUGGCAAAUGUGUCACGGAACAUGGGACAGAUCUCCUGCCUUGCUGACAAUGGCUUUGGGUCUCCAGCCCAGGCAGCUCGAAACAUCCUCAUCAGCCGAAAGCCCUUACUGGAGGCAGCAGACAUGACACUAGCAUCUGAGGGCGACAGUGUCACUCUUGAGUGUCAGGUUGAUGCAUAUCCAAAGCCCAGAUUGGUAUGGUGGAGAAAUGAUAAGCCAGUGAUCCAUGGAGGGAAGUAUGACAUCCAAGUCAGGGAUUCCUUUGAGAACCCUGGGUACUACUUGAUGCGGUUGGGGAUAUCAUCAGUGAAUGCAUCGGACAAUGGGGAAUACCGAUGCUUUGCAGAGAAUGCCUUUGGGAACAUGUCCCAGGUUAUUCAGGUUUCCGUCCGACCUCGUGUUCUUUUGGUUGAAAGAAUGAAGUGCAUUGGUAAUGGCGAUCAGAGGAUGAUGGGAUUGAAUGAAGGAUGUGCCAUAUAUGUAUAUGAGCAGGAGAAGGUGAUGAAUGUGUCAGAAUGCUGCCGCAAGGAGGGAGUGAGCCCUGAGUGUCUUGAUGCAUGUUGGAUGAAUGUGGACUUUGAGUCCCUAGCUGACAACCCUCACUGCAUUCCUGAAUACUACAAGAUCAUGAAGUGUGCUGCAGAUGGGAGUGACCACCGUGGGUGCUGCAGCCAGUGGGGUGUACCAAAAAGGUGCCUGGAUUGGUGCCGAGGUGAGGCAGUCCCCAAUGCACCCCUCUGCCUCAUCUCCUUCCUCCAGCAAAUGCUCUCUUGCUUCCAUGAGGGCAAAGAUAUGCUGCCUGGGAUGCCAGGAAAUGUUCAUGUGGAACCGGUGGAUGAUGUAACCGUGAAUGUCAUUUGGGAUCCCCCAGACAAGAACGCCAAGAUGAUUGAUGCCUACAGGGUGUUUUGGCGCCCAGUGGGAAGUGCAUCAGCCGAAAAGACAGACACAAAGGAGACCCAUCUUCAGAUUGGAGGCCUGGAGGCAGGGGUUUCGUACGAGGCAGCCGUGAAGGCUGGGAACAAUUAUGGCACUAGUCAACUCACACAGCCUGUUCUCUUCUCCACCCAUGCCAAGUCCUACUCUGAACCUGUCUCUCACAGAGGAGGGACUGUGGAGACAGUGGUGGGGAUCCUGGUGGCCCUAGUGGCCAUAGGGGCCAUAGCCGUGGGGCUCCUCUUUUAUGCCCGCAAGUACCGACUCUUUGGCCAUAAGGCCACUGCUGAGGGGGUCUCCUUCGAAAAUCCUUCCUAUCUCAGGGAGCAAACUGACCCCAAUACCACCGUCCAUCAGUUGGGUUCGGGCCCAGAGAGCCCAGGGAACGGGCAUGUGAAUGGAGUGAAUCACAAUGGGCAUCAAGGUUGGCAUCAAGAGGCCCUCCACACGUCGACUCCCUUCCAUUUGGACGUGUUGGGAGGCGAACGGCUGGAUGUGAGUCAUGCCUAUGAUGCCGUUGGCUUCCAAAAACUCAAAAAUGCCCCCUCCUGAGAGAACAUCAUCUUGUGAUUCAUUGUGAUCUUGGUAUGAGCUGGAUUUGUGACAAGAGUGAGUGUGUGCAAGAGCACGAGAGUGGACUGGGGUCACCUGGGUGCAUGAAUGUGCAUAUGCUUGUGCGUGCGUGCGUGCGUGUGUGUGUGCGUGUGCGCGUGCGUGUGUGUGUGUGUGUGCGUGUGUAUGUGUGUGUGUGUAUGUGUGUGCGUGUGUAUGUAUGUCU